CUUGGGUCUAUUCUCCAUCUGUAUUCUCCCACCAUACUGGGCCUCAAUGGCACCCCCUUCCAACCAGAAACACUCCAGCUAAUGGGCAUUCCUGGGAUACAAAAGGGCCUCACCUGGAUUGCCUUGAUUUUCUGCAUCCUCUACACGAUCUCCAUCGUAGGUAACCUCAGCAUUCUUGCACUGGUGUUUUGGGAGGCUGCUCUGCAUCAGCCCAUGUACUACCUCCUCUCUAUGCUUGCUCUCAAUGAUCUGGGAGUGUCCCUUUCUACUCUUCCCACUGUGAUUUCUACUUUCUGCUUCAACUACAACCAUGUUGGUUUUAAUGCUUGCUUGGUUCAGAUGUUCUUCAUCCACACUUUCUCUUUCACAGAGUCAGGCAUACUGCUGGCCAUGAGCUUGGAUCGCUUUGUGGCUAUUUGUGAUCCACUACGCUAUGCCACUGUGCUCACUCAUAACCGUAUAUUGGCUGUGGGUCUGGGCAUCCUUACCAGGAGUUUCAGCACUCUCUUCCCUUUCCCUUUUCUGGUGAAACGACUGCCCUUCUGCAAAGGCAAUGUUCUGCACCACUCCUACUGCCUCCAUCCAGAUCUCAUGAAAGUAGCAUGUGGAGACAUCCACGUUAACAACAUUUAUGGGCUCUUUGCGGUGAUUUUCACCUAUGGUGUGGACUCAACUUUCAUCCUGCUUUCCUAUGCAUUGAUCCUGAGAGCCGUGCUGGCUGUCAUAUCCCGGGAGCAGCAGCUCAAGGCACUCAACACUUGCAUGUCACACAUCUGUGCAGUGCUGGCCUUUUAUGUGCCCAUAAUUGCUGUCUCCACGAUUCACCGCUUCUGGAAAAGUGCUCCACCUGUUGUUCAUGUCACCAUGUCCAAUGUCUACCUGUUUGUACCACCCAUGCUCAAUCCUAUCAUCUACAGUGUGAAAACCAAGGCGAUCCGCAGAGGGAUUCUCAAGUUCUUUCAUAAACCCAGGCCUGAGGAAGGCUGAAGGCCCCAAGAG